GCUGGACGCGAUCGGACGAACGAAUGGAACAACGGCCGCAAGAUGGAACAGCCGGCGCUGGCCGACGCUGAGGGUGGCGCCUUGAAGGCACGGCAGACUCGAGCGCAGUCACGCCUCCAGAAGCCCUCACUCCCAGAGGCGGUCCUGCGGGGCUCCAGGAAGCGCAAGGACGUGGGCGAUGGCUGUCCAGGACCGCAGGCCAAGAGGCAGCCCUCGGCACAGAAGAACGCACCACCGCCACCAGCCGAAGAGACCUUCGAGGAGCUGCAUGAGAGGACCGGCAAGUCGGAGCUGGACAUACUGAGCGAGAAGCUCAAGUUCAACAAGGGCGCCAGCGCGCCCAAGAAAAUGGAACUGAUGAAGAACUGCAUCAAGGACCUGCGGACGGUGGGGCACUCUCUAUUGGAGAGGAAGGACAAGUUCGAGGCGGAGGCGUCAUACCAGGCGGCGCGCGUGGAGGAGCUGCGCGCCGUCUGGGAGGGAGAGAAGGCGAUGCGCGACAAGAGGAUAGAGGGCCUCGAGGAGGAGCUGCAGGGCGCCAAGGCGAGCCUGUCUGACACGAAGGACUGCUUGUCUCGCGUCCAGGAUGAGCUGAGGGACCUGCACCAGACAUCUGGGCAGCAGAUAUCUUCCCUCGACGAGGCCCUGCGCGCCUCCAAACACGAGCUCGCCUUCUGUGAGAAAAGUCUGAGCGAAAGGACUGCCAAGGUACGCCCCGCAGUGCACCUCGCGGCAGGCCAAUUGACCCUGGUGCCUGCUUCUGACAGGACUUGUGUCACUGUGCCAAGGUGGAGGAGCUGGAAGAGAGCAGCAGGACGGCGCAGAAUUACAGCACAUCUCUGCAGAACUACAACCAAGGCCUUCAGCGCCAACUGA